CGUGUUCGGGCUGCCUUCCUAUUUGCAUGGCGCAUACGAGUGGAUUUUAUUUUUGUCUGGCGGCAGAUGUGUGUGUAGAGCGAGUGUGUGUGAGCCUUGGUUAGUGUGCGCGAUGGGUGUGUGUGCGCGUCGCGUUCCGCGUUCACCGAGACGGCUACUCCCUGCUGGCCUGCUUUAUUUAGGUUGUUUCUGAGCAUACUGGCAACGCUAGGCCUGGCGCCCGCCGCCGCCACCGUCACCACCUCCUGCUGCCGUCACUGGAGGCCUGCUGUUACCUGUGCCAUUUUAAAACUAUAAUCAUUAUCUUCGUGUUGACAGAUGUAGUACUAAACAAAUAGUUGUUCUUGUUGUGUUUUGAAUUUGUUUUUUCCUAGAGUUACUAUAUUUUAUCUACUUCUUACCUAACUAUUGCGGGAGUAAAGGAAAUUAUAUGCAGAUUCCAAUUAAAUGAAUAAAUUCGUGCAACAUAAACGGAACAAAACAUGUUUACCGGAGCUAAAGCGCGUCCGAUGAUCUCGGCUAGCCUCCCCGGCGAGGCGCUGCCCCAACUGGGGCAGCUGGGGCCCCUAAGCCACUUGUACCCGCCACCACCGCCUGCCGGUAUGGCACCCGAGUUCCUCGCGCCGCCACCGCGGCCGUACGCCCGCUACGCGCCCCGGCGGCCUCGCGACGCCAUGCCCGCGCCGCCGACUCCUGCACCGGCGCCCUUUCCAUCUGUCCCUGCGUAUGCACCGUUCCUCUCUCAUCCAUCUCCUUACACGUCGUAUCUGUAUCGAGCUCGAGCACCUCCUCAGCCACCUCCCUCUAACUACCCUCUACGGCCACGUCCCACUUCUGGGUUCGUGCCGCCAGCACCAGCACCCCAUUCGCCACCUGUGUCGGCACCAGCGCCUGCACAUCCACCCAGAGAGGAGCCGCCGAUGUCGCCAGAACGUGGUACUUCUGCUUCGCAUUUCUGUCGAGGAGCGCUCAUUCGGCUGGAGGACGGUUCAUUGCGACGGGUCGAGGAGAUGCGCGUAGAAGACUUCAUGACAAGCGCAGAGAGGAACGGCGAUUUGUCUGUUACACAGUGCACUGUGUUACGUCUUGACGAGCGGGGAGACAAGUUAGCCCUUACGCUCGUAUACGACAGGAAUCGGUCACAGGUGGAAUUAGAAUAUACCGCGGAGCAUCCGUUCUUCGUUUACGGUCGAGGGUGGUCGUCGUACAAGCCGGAGCGUACACUGGCGCGGUACGGUCUGCGCGUGCAGAGGUUGCAAGUGGGCGACGUGUGCGUAUCGCUGGUGCCACGUAAGCACGCGCCCACCGCGCCCGCCCCGGCGCCGGCGCUUCCCAGUCCCGCUCCCCCGCAGACGCACCCCGAAAACCUCAGCGUCAAAGAAGACGCCCGCAAAAGACGGUGGUCUGCGUCCGACGUCUGCGAGGACGACCGUCCGCCACUUAAGAAACGUUGAACGUGACCGUAACCCGUUGUCGCUACUUUUAUGUGUAAGUUUGGAGGAGAACUAUCUUGAAUGUGAUGUGAUCGCCUUCGUUGCAAAAACUUUCGUUACGAACUUUGAUAUUUUAGUUUCAAUAUUUCCUGGAAGCGUUUGUGACAGGCCAUCCGAAAUGUCGGUAAAUGGGUAAUGUCACCAUUUAAAUGUAAAAUACUUGAUUAAAAACAAAUGUAGAUUGAUGUUUAACGUAUCCCAGUGAGUCACUGACCCCGUGUGUCGCCCGAGAGCGCGGGGUCGUUACCAGAUUCUGCAGCGAUCGGCAGUCCACAAUCGUACGCUUAUGAUAUUCUAUUCGGGAACUCUAGGUGCUUUUUACUGUCGGGUGCUUCUGUACGCGUUCGUGUACGAUGUUUGUAAAUAUGUAUGUAACUUAGGUCAAAGUUUAACGUUACUACACUCCAUGACUAAAUUAAUGUGUCACAAAAGUAGCAUCGUUGUUAUCGCUAAAUGUGCUACGUCCCAUCGGCAUGCCGAUUAGUACCAUAGCAUGUUAGUCGUAUGUUAUGGACACACGAAUGUUAAUGGAAUGCACAGACAGUUUGUGCAUUCAAAAAUACUAUAAAGUAUUUUCUAAAUGGAGUAACUAAUUAUCAAUUGAGCACAAAAUAUCAAUGUGUAAGUUUCUACCAGAUCUUAUAGUAGGUUAGAUAUUGUGAUAACCAUUGAGAUUUAAAUUGUCAGAUAUGAAACGGCUCCGCAUACUUUAGACAAAGGUACAAUGAAUGUUAGUAGUAGUUAGUAGUAAUGGGCUGACGUGUGCUUAACUCUUGACUGAUUCUCGUCCUUCGUGUAGUCCGGUUUUAUAAGUUUCUUGCAAGCAGUCAAGUCAAAGUUCCAUUAUCCUACAAUGGUUGUGACUGCAAACAUAUCCGCCGACGUGGCGUCGGUUUACCCUCGGGAUACAACGCAAGGGCAUUCCUACGAUUCCCAGUAGGUUUCCUUCAUGGUAGUUGUAGACACAAGUGAUAGAUACUUCGCUGAGUAACAGUGGCAAAUUCUUCUGACAAAUAAUAUAAUCGUAUAUACCUAAAUAAUAUUAAUGUUGAUAAUUGAUAUAUAUUGUAAAAUAAUAUAUGUAAUAUUCAUGGUUAUUAGAUGUCAUCUCUAUUGGUUUUUGACGUCCAUGUGUGAUACACAUAACUUUUCUAUGAGAAGAUGUAUACAUAAUAAACACACAGUCUGUGAUAUUUUGUAGUUAUUGAUCAGAGUGGUAUGAGGUAUUGAUUGAAUAAAGGAAAUGUAUAUGUUUUAGGAUAAGUGAGUUAUUGCUAAGAAUAAUGUUGUAUACUCAAAAAUAAAUCGCUGAGAAAUCUAAUACUUAAAACAAAUGUAAACAAGUAGCGUCUGUGAUUAAUAUACAUAUAUCGUUAUGUGAAGUAACGACUAAUGCAUGGCCAUAUCAAAAAUCAAAUAAUUUUUUGUAUGUUAUUGAUAAGUAACUAAGCUUUUAAUUUGGGUUUGCCUGAUAAUCUUGUCAAAAUUAUUUUUUCACAAUGUAUUAUGACGAUUGCAUUCAUUUGUAGCAGUUAUUAUAAGUCAUGGAACACUGUAAUGUUAUAUAGUGUAAUUAAGGUAGAAGGUCGCAAAAUCGGUUGCUAUAGUGAAAAAUUCAUUAUUAACCGUGACUAUGCCACUUUUGAAUAAUAUAAUAUUUAUAGAAAAUUUGCCAUAGUCCGCAGCAAACGAGUAAUAUUUUAGUGAAUUUGCCAAAUAUCGCGGAGUUUGCCCGUUAAGAAACGUAACAAAAAGGGAAUGGAUCGUUGAGUUUGAUAAAUGUUAGUUUCAUUGUACCGCAACUUGUUUCGAGCUUAUAUUGGUACGUUCAAUAUUAAUUGACUACCACGGGAAACGCCUCGCCGAGGACGGGAGGCGUUGUACAUUUAAUAAUAUUAUGUUGUAUGUAAUUCUAGUUUUAUCGUCUUUAUAUUUUAUUUGUAAUUAUAAUGAAAGAUCUCAUUUUAUUAAUCGGUAUUUUCUAACAAGGCGCUUUCAUUAGAUCAUGACUAUGCCUACCUCACAAACUUUAAGACUAGUGUCUCGCCGCGGCGAGGUCCGCCUCGCGCGAGCCGGUCGCAAACAAGUCUAAACAAGAUCUCAAUUUGAUGAAAAUAAACUUUUAAAAAGACUGGGACGCUUUACUGAAUGUUGUGGGAUAGUAGUUUCAUUGAAGAUAUUACUUAAAUUUAUGAGAAUAAGAGCAUUUAUUAUGAAAAUGGGCGCGCGCUCGUGCCGUGGCACAUCUGGCUCGGCUCCGCUUCCGAUCCGUCGCUGGAUCAUCAUUUAGUACAAAAUUCGUUACAAAAAAGUAUUAUUUCCUAAAUCCACAUUCAGAAAGUAUUAAUUUAUUUCAGUGAAAGGUGCUAUAAAUAGCUUUGUUUCUACGAAAAUACUUCUGGCACAAUCAUGGUAGAUGUUAUUAAAUAAACAAUAUUAGCAAGCGUGGCGCCACGUCACGUUUACCCAUACAAUAAUACUUAGCUAUUGGCCAAAUAUUGGCAUAAUCGUUGUUCUUCCACGUCUCCUACUGUAUGUUAGCGAGUCAAUUAUACAUACACUUUAACGUAGACAAAUGUCAUCUUGUGUAAUUUUGUACAUUUUACAUUGGACUUAAAUUUGUGUAGAUGUAAAUGAGUUUCAGCAUGACCUUUAUUAAAGUUACGAUUUAUUAUAAUCAUAAUUGUUACUGUGAGUUAAUUGUAAAUAAUAUUAUUUAGACGCAAGAGACUGACAUAAUAAUUUUAUUUUAUUUGUAACCUAUCAAAUAUUUGUAUCAUUUAAAAAAAAAUAUAUCUAAACUAAAAACUCUAAUGCAUUCUUAUACCGAUUUAGAAGAGCACUUUCGAAUAUCUAUCAAUUUACAUGAGCCUAUUCACUUGUAAAUGUUGACUCGACUUAAAAUGUGGAUGUGACAAACAACAAAAAAGAACCUGACUGUCCAAAAAGUUUUUUUAGGGUCGUCAUAUUUGAUUCACACUGUCGUUAUGUAACUUACAGUACCUACUCGAGCAAUUAAAUCUAAUUUAACCACACACUAUCAUAAAAAAGAAAAAAAAAACUAUGACAUUUCUUAAAAUAUUUAUAUUUUAUGUUAUGCCAAAUAUUCAGACAUAUAUCUUAACCCUUCUUUGCAUAAUUUUUUUUAUUGGUGAAAUAAAUCACGGUGAUAUAAUUCAUGUUCAAAAUUAAAGGUAAAAUUAAAAUAAAUUUGACAGCUAUGGUUUUUUUCUGCAAUGGACAUUAAAAAGGUGUCUAGACACAAUCAAUUUAAAGUGAAAUUGUUCUUUUAUAUAAUUUUUGGGCAUUCAAUGUUAUGAUGGAAAUUUCCACCAUUAUGCAAAGAAGGGUUCAUCAACCUUCUUUCAUUGAUCGGUCAAAAUCGUUAUAGUCGACAUUAAAUACGUUAUAGAAGUAUUACGAACUUUUUCUGAAAACCAACUCAAAACAUUCCAGUCAUAUGUCGGUCUAGACUAGUUCUAGUUUUAACCACACAUGUAAAUAUUUUUAAGAACAUUGAACUAUCAAUCAUGUACGUUGAAACGAUGUCGAAUUGCAUGUGAAUAGGCUCUAACCUUCCAUCUUUAUGGCGCUGGUACUUGUGUCAGUCUGUUGAGUUUAGUCAUUUCUUAUUUAUUCCGGAAACAAUAAAACUGUUUAUUAUAUACACCCCAAAAUAAAACCGAUUAAUGAUAUCAUAUUUACCUGUAUUAAAAACAUAGUAAUUAUAUUUAUAUAAUUACAUAGUAUUUAUAUUUACAUUUUUUAUUUCAGUCCAUAAUAAAGCAGUGUGUAAAUAUAUUUCCAAAUGUCUACUAAGUUUUGUUCGACAAGACUUUCAUAUGAACUAUUUAUAGGUAAUAACCACAGACAAAUUGAAAUAGAUGCCGCAAUUGGGUGUAGGUAUUCUGCGUAUAGAUUUUGCUCUAGUUCAAAGAAUCUACUUGAUUCAAUUACAUAGCAAGAUUAUAGAUGUUCUUUAUCUGGAAUAGGUUUGUAAUAGGUUUGAUUAAUGUAUAAUUUACUAAUUCUAUGUUGGACGGUAUAUAACUUUUGCGAUAUCUCAGAAAAAAAAAUCAUCAUAACAUUUGGAAUAAAAUAUCAAGUGAAAUUAAAAUGCGUAGGUCUAAAUUGUUUAUCACUAAUAAAAACAUUUUUUUAACAGCAUUAAAGAUGAUAUUUUUAAGGUGUUGAUUGCGGAAAAGGGUUUGUUAUCAACAAAUGGCUUAUGACAUCGCGGCAAAUAGUAGUUGCGUUUUUAAUUAAGCCACUUGCGUCAUCUAUCUUCAAAUCUGUGGUAACGACAUUAUUCAAGAGAUAUAUUAUCAAUAUUGUGGUUGCCAACACACGGCCAGUAUUGGUUCCAGUUUAUAAUUUUAGUCCUAUACGUAUACAACCAACUAACAAAAAUUGUCGACACUGAUUGUGCCAUUCAUAACGAUUUUGUCAAUAUAUAUUAGUCUUUCACUAGUUUAAGUUCGAUUAUCUGUUUAAACUUUAAAACAUUAGUGUUAACACACAAGAAUGUAUGAUCUUUUCGUUCAUCUCACCCCAGACAGAUUCAGUAAACAUAACGUACUGAAAGCUGGUUUAUAUUUCCAUUAUGAUUUUUUUUUAUAUAAAUAUUAAAUAUUUUUACACACUCCAAACUGUUUUCAUAAGAGUAAUAUGUAGAGAACAGGAAAUGUUGUGUCAUUUAAUAGAUAAAUAAAUAUAAAAUUGUUAUAUAAUUAUAUGACAAAUAUGGCAAAAAUAUAUAUAUUUUAUUGUAUAGCGGAAUGAGUACUAUUUCAGAUUUAAAUUGUAAAUGGAAAAUGUUAUAGAUCAAGAUACGUUAAAAUAAGUUAACUGUUUGUAAAAAGAAGAGAAAAUAUGUAUAAUGAAUAUUUGCUAUAAAUUUGUUUUAUUUUCACAAACCUUCUUCAUUUUAGGGUGGACAUUUGAAACUAAUACGUUUUAUUACGACAUUCGGACAUACAGAAUGUCAGAUAUAUUCAUACAAUACAAAAGGCAUCAAAUACCACCAACUAAGAUCUAAAGAAA